AUGUCCGUGUGGAAUCCUGAUAAUAUCCGCGACGUGGCCGAGUCCGUCGGCAUCGUCAACCUCAACAACGAUGUAACUGAGAACCUCGCCCGCGACGUUGAAUAUCGUAUCGCCCAGGUGCUUGAAGAAGCCCUCAAGUUCAUGCGCCACAGUCGCCGCACUCUCCUCACGACACAGGACAUCGCGCAAGCUCUGCGCGUGCUCGAUGUGGAGCCAUUGUAUGGAUAUGAAUCCACAAGGCCGCUGCGGUUCGGGGAAGCGUCGCUGGGCCCAGGGCAACCGUUAUUCUACGUGGAGGAUGAGGAGGUGGAUUUUGAGAAGUUGAUUAAUGCACCGUUGCCGAAGGUGCCGAGGGAGAUCUCUUUCACUGCACAUUGGUUGGCCGUGGAAGGUGUACAGCCGUCGAUCCCUCAGAAUCCUACCUCGGCGGACUCGAGAAACCUUGAAUUAAUGUCCAAGGGUCCUAAUGCAAACUCUACCCUGGCGGCAAUGAGCGGCAGUGGGAAUGUUGCCGUCAAGCCGUUGGUCAAGCAUGUGCUAUCGAAGGAACUACAACUUUACUUCGAAAAGGUCUGCAACGCCUUCCUGGACGAGUCUAGCGAGGAGUAUAGAACGUCGGCCUAUUCGAGCCUAAGGGAAGACCCAGGACUUCAUCAACUCGUGCCAUAUUUUGUGCAAUUUAUCUCUGAAAAGGUCACGCAUGGCCUGAAAGAUAUUUUCGUCCUGACUCAGGUGAUGCGCAUGGCGGAGGCUCUGGUGCAGAAUAAAUCGCUCUACGUAGAUCCCUAUGUUGCAUCUCUUGUUCCUCCCAUCCUGACCAGUCUGAUUGGUCGACAGCUUGGAGGCAAUGCGGACCUGUCCGAACAGUUCGCCCUCCGUGAGCUGGCCGCAUCUCUUCUGGGCCUCAUUGCCAAAAAGUACUCCCACUCCUCACACACGCUCAAGCCACGGUUAGCUCGGUCGUGCCUGAAAACGUUCCUGGACCCAUCGAAGCCGUUCGGGGCACACUACGGAGCCAUCAUUGGCCUCCAGGCUGUUGGGGGAGCGGAGGCCGUGCGGGUUCUGAUCCUGCCUAACCUCCCGACCUACGGAGCCCUACUGAAAGACGGUAUGGCGGAAGAGAAUCCGCGACGGCCCGAAGCAGAGAAAGUGCUCACCGUGCUAUUUGGGGUCCUCGGCACUUUGCGUGAGGGACGCACGGCACUUGCCAAUGGGCAUAAUGGCGUCGUCACAGAGGAUUUACGCGGGCGCCUAAAUGGCAAAGUGGGAGAAUUUCUCGCAGCCAAGAUCAGCGAAGCGGGGGAGGUUGACAUGGUGCAUGCGAUCUUGGAAUUGUAA